AUGAAGGUUCUCAUGCCUCUCGUCGCCCUUUUGGGCACUGUCACCGCCCAGCUCCAGCAAAUAACCAACUUCGGAUCCAACCCGUCGGGCGCCAAGAUGUUUGUCCAUGUCCCCAAGAACCUGCCGUCCAACCCAGCCAUCGUGGUCGCUAUCCACCACUGCCAGGGCACAGCCCAAUCGUACUACCAGAGUACGCCGUAUGCCCAGCUUUCUGAUCAGAAGGGCUUCAUCGUCAUCUAUCCCGAAAGUCCCUACAGUGGAACUUGCUGGGACGUCAGCUCCAAAGCUACUAUGACUCACGAUGGCGGCGCCAACAGCAACAGCAUCGCCAACAUGGUUCGCUACGCCUUGCAGACUUACAAGGCCAACCCUGCCAAGGUUUUCGUCACGGGUUCUUCAUCUGGUGCUAUGAUGACUAACGUCAUGGCCGCCACUUAUCCAGACCUGUUUGCAGCUGGCAUCGUCUACUCUGGUGUGCCAGCCGGAUGCUUCUUUACCAACUCGGUCAACGGCUGGAACUCGGACUGCGCUCAGGGCAGAGUCAACAAAUCACCAGCCGACUGGGCCAAGAUGGUCAAGGAUGCAUAUCCUGGCUACAAUGGAGCUCGGCCCAAGAUGCAGAUCUAUCAUGGUGGUGCUGAUAGUAUCCUCCUUUCACCCAACUAUCAGGAAACCAUUGACCAGUGGGCCGGUGUGUUUGGCUACAAUUCCAUGAGCCCCCAGUCGUCAAACAACAAUGUUCCCCAAGCUGGUUACAAAACCGACACGUUCGGGCCGAAGCUAGUUGGCAUCUUUGCGCAAAAUGUCGGUCAUUCUGUCCCUGUCCGAGGUGCUGAUGAUAUGAAGUUCUUUGGGCUAUAG